AAAAGAAGAAUUUUGUUUACAGUGCUGAAUAAAAUUCAAUAUACACUAAAUAAACAAUAGGUAUUCUCUUAUAAUUAAUUUCAGUGCAAUUUUCUCGCAUUUUGGACGAAUAUUAAAAUCAAUUUUUUAAAACAAAUUGUUUAUUAGCAUGUUUUAUACUACUUUUUAAUUUUUCUGGUUAAAUUUUACAAUACCCACAGUUUUUUAAACAAAUUGCCUAUUGCAAGCGAUAAUAUACGAGAACUUCACCUUACAAACAACUAAACUCUGGUUCUAACUUUGAACCGAGCAACACGAAUACAAUUACACAAGCAUUGGACUCACUACUAAACAGUACAAUUUAAAAAAGAACCGAUAACCAGUGAUUAAGUGAUUUCAAAGUAUUCUGUCAUCAGGGACACUUUUGUAAAUUCGUUCUGAUUAUUCAGAGUAUACAACGGUGAAGAAAACAUUUCUUCCUCUUUUUUUGGUCAAUUUUCGUACACAGUGGAAUGUUGUUUCUAUUUUCAUUUCCAAUGUGUUAAAUUUUGUUGGUGAUUGAACAAAUUGCAAAAUAAUGAAAAACGAGCCAUUAAUUUGUCUGCCGGGUCAAAGACUGUCGAUAUGCGAUGAAACGUACACGGCAGGAAGGGGUACAUACGAGCGACAAGGUUAUAUCUAUUCCACCUUGGCGGGUACCGUCGACAUAGUUGACAAAGAUGGAAUUAAAGUUAUCGAAGUACAUAGGACCGGCGAACAGACGGUAAUCCCAGGGCAGGGCGACGUCGUCACUGCUCAGGUAGACUUCAUCACCCAGCAAUAUGCAAAAUGUUACAUAAAAUGUGUAGGAGACACAGUACUUAGAAACCCUUACCGGGCGAUAAUUAGAAGGGAGUACGUUAGAGCCACCGAAAAGGACAAGACUGAAAUAUACAAAAGUUUCCGGCCAGGGGAUAUUAUUCUGGCCCGGGUGCUACCCAUAACCGAAGCACACGCCUACCAACUGACGACUGCGGAAAACGAAUUGGGCGUUGUUAUAGCUUACAGCGAACAUGGCUACCCUAUGGUGCCGGUCAGUUGGACUGAAAUGCAGUGCCCGAAAACGUUUGUUCGGGAACAUAGGAAAGUAGCGAAAAUAGUGCCGGAGAACGUGAGUGUAGAAGGAUUGGAUUUAAGCGAAUUAGCCGACAAAUUGGUUAGGAAUGUAGAAAUCAGUGAUAUCCACAAAUAGUGAAGAGGGGAGUAAAUCAAAAGUUUUAAAAUCUUUAAAUCUUGUUUUUAUUAAUGCAACAGUUCUUUGUUAUCGUUAGUUGUGCUGUGUUAUUUAACUACCUGCCAUAUGACAAUCCAAGUUUGUUUAUGUAUAGGGCGACCCAUUUAUUAUGUUAUCUUAGAACCUGUAAUAAAUAUUAAAAAAAAAACAAAGUUGUUUCAAUUUUCGGAUACCUUUAAAAUAUUAUAUUGUUUGAGGUUUGAAUUUUUGUGGAGCAGUAACCACUUUAUGUUCAAUUUAACACUCUGUAUAUUAGUU